AUGUCAUUAUUUCUACAAGAAUCAUAUAAUGAAGUUCAAACCAAAUUCAUUAAUAAAAUCAUACCUGAUCUAAAUGAAAAUUCAAUUAAUCUAAACAAUUUUGAGAAAUUUGAUGAUUUAUUACAAUUCUUGGAGAUUAACUCAUCAGCACCAUCAGCGCCAUCAUCAUCACCAACCUCCUCAUGUUUUUCAAACAAUAGAAAUUUAAUUUAUCCAUCAAAUGAAAUACUACAGGUAUUAAUUACAUUAUGUUCAAGAAGUAAUAGUUUAAACUGGACUCAAAACUCAUCAUAUGCUAAAAAUGGGAUAGUUGAAUCAUUAAGUCAUAUAAAAUUGAUCAAUUCUAUAUAUAAUGAAUUUUUACAUAAAUCAAAUUUAAAUCAGAGAAGCUUUUUGAUACUAAAUAAUUAUUUAGAUAUAAUCGAAUUAACUGGUGACACAGAAUUAUAUGAAUUAAUAUUUAAGGCCAUAAAUGAUUUAAUUGAAAGUAAAAAACAAGUGCAAUCUUCACAUCAAGCACAAUUACCAUUUCAACAACAACAAUCAUCAAUUAGUUCAAUGUUUAAAGCUGAAACUAAUGGAAGAAGAACAUCACCAAGAAGAGUUACACCACCACCAAAAAGACAAAAACUAGAAAUCAAAUAUGAAGAAGAUUCACCAAAUGGUGAUAGUAAUACAUCCAAUAAUGAGCAUGAUAGUACAUAUAUAGUAAUAAGUGAUUCAGAAGAUGAAAGUUAUGAGGAAAAAAUCCCAUUAUCAACCAAAACAGAUCAAGAAUCACCAACUAGUGCAGCGUCAUCACCUAAGAAGAACAACUUAAAUAUAUUUGCGACAAACAACAGCAAAAAUGAAACUUGGGAAGGGAUACGAAUAUUUGAUGAAUCAUUAUUAAAAGAUAAAUUAACAAUCAACAAGAAUGAAUUUAAUUUAUGGAGACUAAUAAAUUGGACUUUUUAUUGUUCAGGAUUAUCAACCAUUUAUUACCCACUACAGAAGAAAAAUGAAUGUCAUACAAUUUACCAUGCACAAUCAAAUGUCUUAAAUUUUAUAUUUCGGUUCAUUGAAAUAAAUUUGGUAAAAGAAAUGGACUCAAUUUUUCUAGCACCCAACUCAAUUAAUAAUGAUGCAAUUUUGAGUUUAUUUCAAAAUACAAAUCCUCAAUAUACAAAAUUUGCAAGUUUGAAAGUUGAAGAUAAUUCCCAAAUACUAUUUCUGAAACUCAUCAAAACUUUAGGCCAUUUCCAAAGUCAAUGGUAUGAUAGAGUAGUUGAAUUUAUAUUUAAUGGAUUAUCAUCAAAACUCAUAUUCCCCAAGACGUGUUAUGAACAUGAAAACCUACUUAUUGAAAAGGAAACUAAAUACAAGAAAAGCCAACCUGUAAUGCAUAACAAUCUUAAAAAUGAAUGGGAUCAAAAUUCAAAUAAUAUGAACUCAAUGAAAUUAAGAUUUAAAAUUUGUUCUAUAAUUUUUUAUUGGUCAUUAGUAUUUAAUUCUAAAUUAUCAGGAAGUAGUAAUGGAAAAUCAAUUGCUAAUUUGAAUUCAAGUGUAUUUUUGGAUUAUAUUAGCAAAAAAAUAAAUUUUAUCGAUUAUAGAUAUUUAAUUGAGUUUUAUUAUUCGCUGGCUAUAAAUUCAAAAAUCCGUCUAGAUUAUAGAAAUUUGUUUUUAGUUAAAUUGUCACAAGAGAUAUUGAAAGAAAUUAUUGGUAAUACUCUGCGAGAGAAGGAAGAAUUCCAAGACUUUGAAUUAUGUAAUCACCUCAACAAUGAAAAUCCAAAUAAUAAGAAUUAUCAAAUUAAGAAUCUAGACAUACUAAUGAGAUGGAUAAAUAACCCAAUAUUAUAUUCUCAAAUAGUAGAGGAUCAAUUAUAUAAAACAUUUAAUGAAUUUUAUCAAACUUGGAUGAAAGUGAAUUUUAUUUUAGAAUGGAAUUUAAAUUGGAUUUUAAAUGAUUUGUAUAACUCAAACUGCAACAUAUAUAAAGAUGAAAUUUUCAACAAAAAUUUCCAAAAAGCAGAUCAUUUAAAGAAAACAAAGUUCUUGGAGUUUAUUAAAAAUUGUGUUGAACCAAUUGAAGUAUCUGGUUUAAAUUUUCAAUUGAACGAAGAAGAUGUUGAAGUAUUAAAAGGUAAAAUUACAAAAUGUGAACAAUUUACUUCUAUCUUGAAUUAUUAUUUAUAA